GGCUGCAAAGUGUAAAAGAGACGAAAGGAUAGUUCAGCAGAGACCUCCAUAGCCACACACUGACACACAUGGCAAUCUUCGAGUUCCAGAAAUCUCCUCUGUCCUUCUCCUGCACCGACCAAAAGACCCCCAAAAAUCCAUCUUCAGCUGCACUUUCACAAACAUUCCCACGCUGCUACCCCCCACCUUCUUCCCACCUUAUCACAAUCGCGACACGCGCACCUCUGCCCUGUUUCACAACGCAGAGAGCACGGAGACGGUGAGAGAAUCGAAAAGCUGUGGUUUUGCCUUGUGGGUCUGAUAUUCGGGAAUGGCGGGCGACGGGGAGGAAGUGAGGAACAAGCAGGUGGUACUGAAGGACUACGUCUCCGGCAUGCCGAAGGAGUCCGACAUGUGCAUAAACACGGAAUCGAAGAUCAAGCUUAAGGCCCCCGACAAUGCUGUCGUCGUCAAGAACCUGUACCUGUCCUGCGACCCCUACAUGCGCAGUCGCAUGAGGAAGCUCGAUUCCCCUUCCUUCGUCGAUUCCUUCAAGCCCGGCUCUCCCUUAAGUGGAUAUGGAGUGGCGAAAGUCGUGUCUUCGGGAUAUCCGAAUCUAAAGGAAGGCGAUCUGGUUUUGGCUUGGGGGACGACUGGGUGGGAACAGUAUAGCCUUAUCACUGCACCCGAAACGCUCCUCAAGAUACAGCACACGGACGUGCCCCUCUCAUACUAUACGGGGAUCCUCGGAAUGCCGGGAAUGACUGCUUAUGCCGGAUUUUAUGAGGUUUGCACUCCCCAAAAAGGAGAGAGAGUGUUUGUAUCGGCUGCCUCUGGGGCAGUUGGUCAGCUUGUAGGUCAAUUUGCCAAACUCUCGGAUUGCUAUGUUGUGGGAAGUGCUGGAAGCGAACAAAAGGUUGAUCUUCUGAAGAAUAAGUUCGGGUUUGACGCGGCUUUCAACUAUAAGGAGGAGCCUGAUUUGGACGCUGCUCUGAAAAGGCAUUUCCCGGAAGGCAUUGACAUAUACUUUGAAAAUGUCGGGGGGAAAAUGCUCGAUGCAGUGCUAGCCAACAUGAGGGUCCAUGGCCGCAUCGCUGUAUGCGGGAUGAUCUCGCAAUACAACCUUGAGCAGCCUGAAGGCAUCCACAAUCUUAUGAGUAUCAUCGGGAAGCGUGUCCGCAUGCAAGGCUUUCUUGCUGGUGAUUUUCUUCACCUCUACCCCAAGUAUCUGAUGACAGUAUUGCCGUACAUCAAAGAAAACAAGAUCGUAUAUGUGGAAGAUAUCGCCGAAGGCAUUGAGAGCGGGCCUGCGGCCCUCGUCGGUUUGUUCACAGGACGCAAUGUUGGGAAGCAGGUCGUCUGUGUUGCUAAGGAGUGAGAUGCUCCAAAUGAAUGAAGAAAACCCUGUUGACUUGACCCCUUCACAGUUUCUCCUUAUGUGUGAUUGUAUCGAGAGCUUGAUUUUUGGGGAGUGUCCGCCAUGUGCCUCAUUUUUCGGAGGCCUCACAUAAGACAACUAAAGCUGAAAUGAAACGCAUCUUUCGAAUGUAUGAAAAUUGAUGGACUGUGUACCUGUGUAUGUCUUGUUGGAAUUUCAGGGUAAGUUUGAUUUGCCCCUGUAGUUUGAGUGUGGUUUGAUGCU